UCCUCCUUCAAAAACCAUCUUAUUACAUCAUCAUCAUCAACAAUCUAAAAAAAACAGAACAAAGAUGUCACCACUUCACAUAUUCGUAACACUAGCAGCAGUGAUCUCCGCUACAUUAGCACAAGUUCCUCCCGACAAGACAUUCACGUUCGUGAACGAGGGCGAGUUCGGUGAAUACAUCAUCGAGUACGACGCCAGCUACCGUUGGAUCGAGACCCCGACCCAAAGCUUCUCUUCUCGACCGUUCCGGUUGUGUUUCUACAACACGACCCCGAGCGCCUACGUGUUCGCCAUCCGAGCCGGUCUCCCCAACGACGAGUCGCUCAUGCGGUGGGUAUGGGACGCCAACCGGAACAGCCCUGUCGGAGACAACUCGACGCUGUCGCUCGGCCGAGACGGGAACCUGGUAUUGGCCGAGGCGGACGGUCGGGUCAAGUGGCAGACCAAUACGGCCAACAAGGGCGUGACCGGGAUGCGAAUGUUGCCUACGGGCAACCUCGUACUCCACGACAAGAACGGUAAGUUCGUGUGGCAGAGCUUCGACCACCCCACCGACACUUUGCUCGUUGGUCAGUCUUUGAAGGUUGGCGGCGUCAACAAACUCGUUAGCCGUAAGUCCGAUCUGGAUGGCUCGGACGGUCCGUACAGCAUGGUCCUUGACAGUACAGGUUUAACAAUGUACAUCAACAAGACCGGAACACCUCUCGUAUACGGUGGAUGGACGAACAGAGACUGGCGCGGGUCCGCGACCUUCGAGGUCCAGCCCGAAAACGACAACUCAACCCUCCCGGUCGCGUACGAGCUCAUCCUGACGCCCGGCCCGCACCCUCCGACACCUUCCCCGACCAACGAGCACGGCCGUAGGUUACUCCAAGUCCGACCAAUCGGCAACGGCUUCGGCACCGUCAACCUCAACAAAGUCAACUACAACGCCACGACGUCGUUCCUGCGUCUCGGCUCGGACGGAACCCUAAAGGCCUACACUUACUUCGACAACGUCCGGUACCUUAAAUGGGAAGAAACCUUCUCGUUCUUCUCGACGUACUUCGUCAGACGAUGCGGCCUCCCUUCUCUGUGCGGCGACUACGGAUACUGCGACAACGGCAUGUGCGUCGCUUGCCCGACAAGCAGGGGCCUGCUCGGGUGGAGCGAGGACUGCAAGGCCCCGAAAGCCACGCAGUUCUGCGGGAGCAAGGGCAGAAAGGUAAAUUACUAUAAGAUCGUGGGGGUGGAGCAUUUUCUCGGGCCGUACGUGGACGAGGGAGAAGGGCCGAUGGCUGUCGGGAAAUGCAAGGAGAGAUGCGACAGGGACUGCAAGUGUCUGGGUUACUUCUACAAGGAGAAGACCAGAAAGUGUCUGCUCGCCCCUCUUCUCGCCACCCUCAUCAAAGAUGUCAACACUUCUGUUGGUUACAUCAAAUACUGAAGCAGGCGUUUAUAUCAAUUAUUGAGAAUAAAAUCCUAUAUAUAUUUGUAUUGGUGAGUAUGUAGUACGAGAAAUAAUAAUAAUAAUAUUCUUAUGCUAA